AUGAAUAUGGAGCAUCUCCGUAGUAGCGAGAACAGAUUAUUCCUGGCAAUUGAGAGAGAAGACUGGCAAGCAGUAAGAAUGAUAUGUGAAACUGAGGAACAUCUCAUAAACACGUAUGAUAUUGAUAAUGAUUUUUUGUUAUCGACGCAGUUAAUGUACGCUGCACGCUACAACGCACCAGACGACAUAAUGCUAACAAUGAUUGCGAAAGCUUCAGUGGAGAAUUUAGAAUUCAAGAAUCGUAUUACUGGUUUAACUACUCUCCAUCUUUUGGCGUUCUUCGCUCGCGUGACUCCACUGAGAAGUGCGUUAGAAAGAACGAAGAACGCCAACGUGACAAACGGCAUUGGACGCACACCACUACAUGAUUGUCUACUUGCUCCGAGUAAUAAUUACGAUCAACAUCGAGAGACAGCCAUCUGCCUACUGAUGCAUGGAGCCUCCAUAUCGAUAAAAGAUCCGAAAGGAAAGACGCCGCUUGAUUAUUAUAAUUAUAACGAAUGUAGAGAAUAUGAAAAAACCACGAGAAGUGAAAAGAAGCAAUCACUUAGAAAGUUACUUAUAGAACUGUCAGUACCCGGUGAAAUCAAAGCUAGGGGCGAAAAUGCAGUGAAAGCCUUCGAAUAUGAAAUGCAAAAUGGUGAAAUUACGGUAGUUAAUGCAAGAUUCAUGUUCAUGGGGAAGGAAGGAGCUGGGAAGACCUCCUGUGUAAAUCACAUCCUUGGAAAAGCAUUUAAUGAGAAUGAAGAAUCAACUGACGGUAUAGUAACAACAACCGUAUUUCAAACUUUGGGUGAAGGCUGCAGCGAGUGGGAGAAAACCGAUGUAGAUGUGGCUGAGCUAACAAAUCAGAUAAAAGAUGACGCCAUAGCAGAAAAUAUCGCAAGGAAGUUGAAACAGCCAGAAAGCCAACGAAGUACAUCGUCAACUUCUACAUCAUCUUUAAUGGUAAAAGUGAAGGAAGCAACAACUGUAAUGACGUUGAAUGAAAGAGGAAAUUCUCAGGAACCUCAGGAGGCUGGAGGUUUAUCAACGAAUCAAUCCACGGGAAGCUAUGAUACAUUUGAAAAGAAACUACCAGACAGACUUCAUGAACUGGUGGUUAAUAGACUUGCUGACCAGGGACCUAGAAACGUCGAUGGUCCAAUCGAAGUAACAUCCAUAUGGGACUACGCCGGGCAGUUAAAGUACUAUAUAACCCAUCGGAUUUACCUGACAGGUGGAGCGUCGUACGGCGUAGUCUUCAGUUUGCUAGAUGAUUUGAAUGAUUUUGUGAAAUCAAGAGAUUUACAUAAAGGGAAAUUUUCAAUGACUAAUUUAGAGAUGAUUCUCUUCUGGAUGCGUUCAAUAUUUGAACAUGCUGUUCUACCGAAUGUUGAAAAGAAGAAACUUUUCUUCAACGCAGAAAUAUCCUCUCCCCCAAUAAGUUUGAUUGCAACUCACAAAGACCAAUUGUCGAAGAGUGAGGCAGAAACACGUAUCAAAACAAUGUACCAAACAAUAUUUGAUGCCAUCAAAGAUACAGCGUACGAAACACACGUUGACCGGACGAUAUACGCAGUUGAUAACACUGCAAAGAUGGAUGAAGGGAUUGAGAAAUUGAAGAAGAACGUCAUGGGUUACAUGAAGGCAAUGGCAAGAACUGUGCCCACUAACUGGGUUGAUUUCCAGUCCAAAGUCCAAGAACUUGCAAAAACAAAACUGCGGGUGUCUUUGGAGGAGAUAACCGCUGUUGCCGCUGAGUGUGGAAUUGCAAAAGACACGAUCACCACUGUCCUCGAUUAUCUAAAUGACACUGGAAUACUUCUGUACUCGAAGACUAACGAGAAAUUAAAAAACACGGUGAUAACAAACUUGCAUAUGAUGAUCGACUUCUUGACUAAAAUCAUCACAGUGGUAAAACCAGACGAUAUUGACAAGUGGCCUAAAAUGAUGCCAAUGUGGAAUAAGCUUGAUGAGGAGGGCAUUCUAGAAGAAAAAUUGCUACGACAUUUGUGGAGACAUGAAAUCGAGGAAGAUCCAAGCAACUUCGAUGUAUUUCUAGAGCUGAUGAUGAUGUUCAGAUUGCUUUUUGAGCUGCGAAAAGAUCACCGCACUGAAAACCAAGGACCAAGAAAAAUGGAGGAAAAGGUAAGCCGAUACUUUGCAUAA